AUAAGCUUCCUAGUAAGAAGUGCCAUGGCAACACUGUGUAUAUACACUGCCGGCUGCAGCAUGGAACAAAGAGGGAAGAAACAACGCAACUUACAUUUGGCACACAAGAAAAGGAUGCAGAUGCAACACCAGGGAGACCCAAACAGCCUAGGAAAUAGCCCGAACAAAAUGCAGACUCCAAAUCCAGCACAGUAUAAGUCAUCUUUGUCAAAGCCGCGCACUUUCCACCAGUCAUAUGCUCCCUUCUCUUCUAGUAGUGGGCGUUUUCCAGAAACCAAAAAGGAGUCCAACCCCGGCCCUGGAGCUUAUAAUAUCAACACCAAGAUCAGUAAUAAAGUUGCCUGGCCUGACAAGUUUGGCAGACCUGACUGGGAUUCAAUACCAGCACCAACAAGACGGACAUUUAGAGCAGAGGUUGCAGAAGACAAAGAAUUUCGUAAACAUCGGAACCGAGUUGCCUAUCUUAGUUUGUAUUACAAUUAAACCAGCGUAUCAUAGGAUCUAUCAUGUUGUUCAGUUUUUGUAGCCCAUCAGUCCCAGAAUAAAAGGAGGACAUUUCUGUUUGUGUUUUA